GCUGAGGGAGGUGGGAUCGGGCCCCCUCCCCCUGCUCCCCGGCGUGCGCUGCGCCCCCAGCCUGCUGCCAGCCUGGAAAUGGCUCCGUUUAUUCUCCUCGGGAGAAUGAAUCGAUCCUGCCCAGUCUUCUCUUCCUCCUCCCCACCUCCUCUCUGCUCCGAGUCUUAGGAGGGGAAACAUUUAAAAGACAGAUUCCAAUGUGGAGUGCCGUGCACAUCGCGAGCUGUUGGGUUUGCACUUCGAGGAGAUUUUUCUAUCUAGCUUUUUCUAACGUGAGCGCAGGGAAGCAGUGGCAUGACUGCUUUUAGGAUUUUUAUUUUCUCGUAGGGAUCUCUGUAAAGUGCACGUCGCAUUGGGUUACAUGCUCCACCCCCAAGGGAACUGGUGUGGUGGAGAAAUUUGAACCCGCAGCCUUAGUAGCACCAAAAGGCCGAGUUACCUGGCUCUCCCCGAGUGUCUAGGAGGACAUGAGCGAAAUGACCACCGAACUCAUUUUUUAUAGGACUCGGUGAAGCUGGAUUCUGCGUUUCCGACAGACACGUAGACUCAUUUUGUGGAAUAGAGUUGACCGCUGUCUCCUCCGCGCAGCAUUUUAACUCUAAUAAGCAAAUGCCACCUCUGCUUGAACGUUUUGGUAUUUACGAGAGAGAAAUCCUUUUACCUAAGGGAACUAAUUGAAUUGUCAAGCACCACUGAAAUACCUCCAGAAAAGGAUCUCGGGGGGUGGAAAAGCAACUGCGAAAUAGCAGACGGAGAAAUUCCUUUGGAAGUUAUUCUGUAGCAGAAGAGCAGAAACUUCAGAGCAAGUUCUCAUUGGGCAAAAUGGGGGAACAACCCAUCUUCAGCACUCGAGCUCACGUCUUCCAGAUUGACCCAAACACAAAGAAGAACUGGGUACCCACCAGCAAGCAUGCAGUUACUGUGUCUUAUUUCUAUGACAGCACAAGAAAUGUGUAUAGGAUAAUCAGUUUAGAUGGCUCAAAGGCAAUAAUUAAUAGCACCAUCACCCCAAACAUGACAUUUACUAAAACAUCUCAGAAGUUUGGCCAGUGGGCCGAUAGCCGGGCAAACACUGUUUACGGGCUGGGAUUCUCCUCUGAGCAUCAUCUUUCAAAAUUCGCAGAAAAGUUUCAGGAAUUUAAAGAAGCUGCUCGACUAGCAAAGGAGAAAUCACAAGAAAAGAUGGAACUUACCAGUACACCUUCACAGGAAUCAGCAGGCGGGGAUCUUCAGUCUCCUUUAACACCAGAAAGUAUCAAUGGAACAGAUGAUGAAAGAGCACCUGACGUGACACAGAACUCAGAACCAAGGGCUGAACCAACUCAGAAUGCAUUGCCAUUUUCACAUAGUUCAGCAAUCAGCAAACAUUGGGAGGCUGAACUGGCUACCCUCAAAGGAAAUAAUGCCAAACUCACUGCAGCCCUGUUGGAGUCCACUGCCAAUGUGAAACAAUGGAAACAGCAACUAGCUGCGUAUCAAGAGGAAGCAGAACGUCUGCACAAGCGAGUGACUGAGCUUGAAUGUGUUAGUAGCCAAGCAAAUGCAGUGCAUACCCAUAAGACAGAAUUAAAUCAGACAAUACAAGAACUAGAAGAGACGCUGAAAGUGAAGGAAGAGGAAAUAGAAAGAUUAAAACAAGAAAUUGAUAAUGCCAGAGAAUUACAAGAACAGAGAGAUUCUUUGACUCAGAAACUCCAGGAAGUAGAAAUUCGGAACAAAGACCUGGAGGGACAGCUGUCUGACUUAGAGCAACGUCUGGAGAAAAGUCAGAAUGAACAAGAAGCUUUUCGCAAUAACCUGAAGACACUCUUAGAAAUUCUUGAUGGAAAAAUAUUUGAACUAACAGAGUUACGAGAUAACUUGGCCAAGCUACUAGAAUGCAGCUAAGAAAAGUUAAAUUUCAGUGCCAAUUGAUUAAAAAAUACACUGUCUCUCUUCAUAGGACUGUUUGGGCUCUGCAUCAAGAUCGCACAAAAAAAUUGAAUAUCAUUCCUCCUCCAGGAGGAUGAUCUUUUGAAAAUUGGAAUUGUAUAUUUCAGUGUAAAUUUUAGAAUUCAGCUUGUAGCUAGUUGGGGAAAAAAAAAGAGAUGAAAACUUGAACUACAAAUUACCUCCAUGUAUAUUAUUGGCCAUAGUUAACUAGAAAGUUAUAAAUAGACACUUAAUGCAAUCUUUUUUUUCUGAUAUUAGCCAAUGGGAGAAUUAACAAUGUCUGGGUCACAUCCCCUUUUUGUGUUCAACACAGUGAAGGUUAUCUGCUUCUUAAAUUAAUUUAUUUAUGAUAUCUAAAGCUGUGUUUUGUGCAAAAAUUUAGUGAUGAAAGCCCUGUCUUCUGUUGUAAUCUGAAUAAUUUCUCAGGAUAUUUUUGCACUGCUAAGAAGCAGUGCCAUUACCAAUUAAUUCUUGCCAGGAGUGAGAGAGAGCUGUAUCUUUAAUUGAAACAUACUUAACUAGAACUGGGUGUAUAGAGUUCUUCCCUUUUUUUAUACUGGAAGAUAUUUCACUCGGUGACCACUCUGGUACACUCUGGUGUUCUUUAAUCUUGUCUGCUGUAUAGUUUACUUUUCCACAUUGAUUCCAUGUAUUUAUGAGAAGAUAUUGUCUCCCAUUUUAUUACACAUUUUAAAGCCAACUAACGAAGGCAGCUGAGUCCCUCAGAAAUUUUUCUUUUUAAAUUUCUAAUAAAUUUGACACACAGUACUGAAAUACAGCAGCCCGUCAUUGACGGUCUGGUCUAGCAAUGUUAAGUAUAUUUACAGAAUAUGCAGUUACAUUUAUUUAUAUAUUUUGCAAGAAAUCUUUUCUGAAUGAUCAAUGCAUUUCAAUUUACAAAUAAUAAUGGUUACUGGGGAACUGUUUAUUAUAGAUCAUUUUAAGGUGUAUAGCAAUUUUAAAGGGGAUCCGUUUCCAUCAAACAGCCAAUCAGAGGACUGUGGGGGUUGGAGCCGUGUACUCUGUCUGGGUCUUCACAUCAACCACAUCUCUAGUCAAACCUCACAAGGCAAUAUUCUGAACUGUUAACUAGGCAUUUCAAAACAAGAAUUCAACAGGCUCUUCUCAAUGAACAAGUUUUAAUGUUGUUUUGAUGUAAUUUUAAAAGACUUUUAGCAAACAUGCAUUUCUUUCUAUAUUUCUUUGAAGAAGCUAUUUUAAAAGUGAGCCAAGUGCUGUCUAGUCUGCUUAUGGAAUUAGGAAUGCAUCAGAGUCCAUAUAUCUUUGCUGUACAAUGCCUGUGAUGUUGAGGAGGGUUCUUUUUUAAAGUGUAUGCUUGAGUAUCUGACUCUGUGGAGUCUACGAAUGCACUGACUUUGUUUGUACCCCAAAACAAUUGAAUUGUUAAGUACAAAAUUAAGCUAAUUAAUCGAUUUGUAACCAUUUUUUCACUCACAAGCAGCAACGCAACACUAGACAAUUUUGUUUUAUAUAUGUAUGUGUAUGUAUGUAAAUACAUACAUAUUAAUUUAUAUUAGAGUGAAAAAUAAAUGGUUUGUUUCUAAAGUUAGUUUCUAAAGUGAGUUUUCAGGUGUCUCUGAACAGUUUAUAUCAGACACUUAAUCAUCAUGUAUUAUAUGUGCUAUAACAUCAUGUAAGUUACCUCCAUCUAUUUUAGGAUAUUUUCCUCACCUGUUUAUUAUAGGGAGGAUGAUUUAGGUACACAAGCUCAGAGCUGAGAUAUUUCUCUGAUAAAUCAGGUAAUAAAAUUAUUUGAUUGAUGGAAUUUUGAAGUAGAUGUGAUUUUAUCCAUCAGUUUCUGAGUAAUAAAGAGCACCAGAUUUUAAUUUAAAUAGGGGAUUUAACACUAGGGAUCAGGGAAUUUAGUUAUGAAGAGUUAAAAAUUAAAAAAAAACAGUAUAAGCUAUUGAAAUGGUAAGUGAAUUAUUUUAAUGAUGUAAUAAGAUAUUUUUAAAUUUUGACAUAGUUGUCAUUUAAUGGGAAAAUAACUCACCAAAAUGUCUCCACUUGAAUUGUACUGAUAUGUGAGACAUGUGUGUAAUUCAAUAUAUACAUAUACCCAUAUGUAUAUACAGAAAAUUAUUUUUAAUAUUUUCCUACUGAUAAGAAAUUUAAAAUUGGAAAUUUUGUGAGUUUUUUCCUUGUCCAAUAAGGCCUAAUUUUUUUUUCUUUUUUUAGGGAUUUAACAACUUGAGGGCUGCACCUUUAAAUUCCCAGAAUGUCUUUAGACGUGUACAGUAUAUGGGAUAAGGUGGACACAAGUGCACAUAUAAAUAAAAUCUUCUUAGACUGUUUUCAGUAUUCAUUUACAGUAGGAGAGUAUCUAGAAAUCGUCAUCUACAAGUCAUAAUUAGGUUGUGUGCCUACUGUAGUUUUCUCCAUUUCUGUAUUAUAGAAAUAAAAGUUUGCAUAUUAAAAUUUGAUUUUUCCCAGAGACAAGUAUUCUAUGAUGUAUCUAUAUUUAGAUCAAACUGUGGUAAUAUAUUUAUCAGAAAAUGAUGCUGGGGACUGUAGCCUGAACAUGGACUUGAAGUGACACAGAAAAGGAGAGCAGAGAUCGAUCCCAUUGUGUAUAAGUUACUAUAUGAUAAUUAUGAAUUCUUGUACAAAAAACAACUGAAAAAAAAAGGAAAAACAAAAAUACAGUUUUUAUUUUGAAAUACAUUUGUUGUUCUCUGGAGAAUGUA